AUGACCAUCCCCAUCUCCACGAUAGCCACUUUCCGUACCGCCUACAACCCCUUCUCGCGCGCCGCAAGGCCCUGUCGCCUUUUCCUGGGCAUGCUGCGCACUCCCGACACUAUUCCUACCAGUAGCCCAACCCACAUUGAUAUCCAGGUGAAGCAAUUGCCUCGUGCUUCGACCGAGUCCCCAACCAUGACCAUUGGAUUCAAGGGCGGCAAGGAACUCACGCUGGAUGUUGGCAAGCGUGGGCUGAAGAUUGGCGAUAUCGUCGAGGAGGUCUCUCGUGUGGGCAGAGCUCUGCAGCGUGAGGCUAGUCUGAAGAACUAG